CAGAAGAAGAAAAAAAAAAAAAAAAGAAAAGAAAAUCAUCAGAAGUUAUUCACGGAUUCCACUUCCUGGGCUGCCCCAGUAUUCUGUCUUCAUUGUUCAUGAGUACUCUGUUUCCCAUUCUCAUCUUUCUAAUUAUCUUUGGAAUGCAGGAAAUAGCAGUGUUUCAUAGCAACCCAGGAAGACCAGCAAUCCAAUUCCUCAUCUUCUCCUUAGACUCACGAAGCAGCAGAGAACCACUGAGAUGACAGUCUGUUCAAUUAACCUUAGCUCUCUACACACUGUGCACCUAGAAGACCAGACCCUGGGGGACAGCCGAUGCCGGGGUGUAGACACAGCGAGGUUGCCGCCGUGACCACAGCACCAGCUCUCCCUCCCAUAGAGCCGCUGCGGAACACCUGUGGCAGACAACACCUAAACGCCUCGAUGGGCAGAUAACAUCUGAUGGCUCUGAUUGCACAGGCCUAUGGCCCCGGAUUUGCCAAAACUGCAGCUGAGGCGGUAUCACUUCCUUGUACGGAGCUGGUGCACCAUUUCUCUUUGCACCCAGGGGCAAGACAGGUUAAUAAGGCCAAGAAGGAGUGGAGGACGUGGGAGUGGGUAAUAACUGGGGAGCAUCAACCUGGGGGGGAAAGGAGGAGGGCUGAGGAUGGAGGGUGUUCCCUCUUGCUUCUGCCUAUGUGUCAAGUGGCAGGAGAAAUUUUGAAAGCUGUAAGGAGGAGCUAGUGACUGGGUUGUGGGGUGUUUCAUACCCCACCCUCCCCACUUGUAGGAAAACCUCUUCACAUUCAGAGGUAAUUGAAUUGGAAGGAGGAGGACUGGCCUGGAAAUAGGAGGAAAGCAAUUCUCCUGCUGCUCCUUCUGUCCUUUAUCGCUUUGCCUCCUGACUCUCCUCCAAACCCAGCUCAGCUGCGCCAAGGUGGCCGCAGCGUGCCCCGCACACGUGCCAGCCAUUGGGAAUCUGCUUAAGCCCAGGGUGGCAUCCCAAGCUGCCCUGCUAUCCAGCCACCAGUCCUGACCAUUGGGACCACUUCUGAUGGCUGCAGCCUCUGCUGCCCCAGGGAGCAUCUUCUGUAAGCAGCUCCUUUUCUGUCUCCUGGUUUUAAUAUUAUCUUGUGAUGCUUGUCAGAAAAUUUCUCUUCAAGUUCCUUCUCAUCUUCAGGCUGAAACACUUGUAGGCAAAGUGAAUCUGAAGGAAUGUUUCCCAUCCACCACUCUAAUCCUGUCCAGCAACCCUGACUUCAGGAUUCUAGAAGAUGGCUCCAUUUACACAACACGUGACCUCAUUUUGUCUUCUGAAAGGAAGAGCUUUUCCAUUUUUCCUUCAGAUGGCCAGAGCCAGGAACAGAAAAAGAUAGAAAUUGUACUGGAUGUGAAAGGAAAGAAGGUUCCCAAGAAGAGGCACACCAGAGACACAGUUCUCAAACGCAGCAAGAGACGAUGGGCCCCUAUUCCCUGUUCGCUGAUGGAGAACUCAUUAGGUCCAUUUCCACAACAUGUUCAGCAGGUCCAGUCUGAUGCUGCACAGAACUACACCAUCUUUUACUCCAUAAGUGGACCAGGAGUGGACAAAGAGCCCUUCAAUUUGUUCUACAUAGAUAAGGACACAGGGGACAUCUUUUGUACGCGAAGCAUAGAUCGUGAGCAGUAUGAACAGUUUCCACUCUACGCCUAUGCCACAACAGCAGACGGUUAUGCCCCGGAGUACCCACUCCCCUUGCUGUUCAAAGUUGAAGACGAUAAUGAUAAUGCUCCCUAUUUUGAAAACAAAGUGACUAUCUUCAGUGUGCCUGAAAAUUGUAGAACUGGAACUUCAGUGGGUCAAGUGACUGCCAUAGACCUUGAUGAACCAGACACUCUCCAUACUCGUCUGAAAUACAAAAUCUUACAGCAAAUCCCAGAUCAUCCAAAGCAUUUCUCCAUACAUCCGGAUACAGGUGUCAUCACCACAACUACACCUUUACUGGAUAGAGAACAUUGUGAUACAUACAAGUUAAUAAUGGAAGUGCGAGACAUGGGGGGCCAACCUUUUGGUUUAUUUAAUACAGGAACAAUUACUAUUUCACUUGAGGAUGAAAAUGACAAUCCACCAUAUUUUACAGAAACUUCUUAUUUUACAGAAGUAGAAGAAAACAGAAUUGACGUUGAGAUUUUACGAAUGGCGGUACAUGACCAGGACUUGCCAAACACUCCUCACUCAAAGGCUGUCUACAAGAUCCUACAGGGAAAUGAAAAUGGAAACUUCAAAAUUAGCACAGACCCCAAUACAAAUGAAGCAGUCUUGUGUGUUGUCAAGCCAUUGAACUAUGAAGUGAAUCGCCAGGUUGUUUUGCAAGUUGGUGUCCUUAAUGAAGCACAAUUCACUAAAGCAGCAAAUUCAAAAACUCCUACUAUGUGCACUACAACUGUCACUGUUAAAAUUAAAGACAGCGAUGAGGGUCCUGAAUGCCAACCGCCAGUGAAAGUUAUUCAGAGUAAAGAUGGCCUCCAAGUUGGACAAGAAUUGCAGGGAUACAAAGCGUUGGAUCCUGAUACACGCAGUGGUGAAGGCUUAAGGUAUAAGAAGAUAGGAGAUGAAGAUAACUGGUUUGAAAUUAAUGAACACACUGGUGACUUGAGAACUAUAAAAGUACUAGACAGAGAAUCAAAAUUUGUAAAAAACGACCAAUACAACGUUUCUGUGGUUGCAAUGGAUACAGAUGGCAGAUCUUGCACGGGAACAUUAGUGGUUCUUUUGGAAGACUUUAAUGAUCACCCACCACAAAUUGAUAAGGAAGUGACAAUUUGUCAGCAUGACAAGGAUUACGCUGUGCUGGAACCUGUAGAUGCUGAUGGACCUGAGAAUGGUCCACCUUUUCAAUUCUUUCUGGAUAAUUCUGCCAACAAACUUUGGAAUUUAGAAACAAAAGAUGGUAAAACUGCCAUUCUCCGUCAGCGGCAAAUUCUUGAUUAUAACUAUUAUACUGUGCCUCUCAUAAUAAAAGAUAGGCAUGGCUUAAAUGCAAAACACAUGUUAACAGUGAGAGUAUGUGACUGUACAACGCCAUCAGACUGUAAAAUGAAUAUAAAAAAUGUGAGAGAUGUUAAGCCAAAUGUAAUACUUGGAAGAUGGGCUAUUCUUGCCAUGGUGUUGGGUUCUGCAUUGCUGUUAUGUGUUCUGUUUGCUUGUUUCUGUGUUACUGCUAAGAGAACAGUAAAGAAGUGUUUUCCAGAUGUAGCCCAACAAAAUUUAAUUGUGUCAAACACUGAAGGACCUGGAGAAGAAGUGAUGGAAGCAAAUAUUAGACUCCCCACACAGACAUCCAAUAUUUGUGACACAAGCAUGUCUGUUGGCACUCUUGGUGGCCAAGGAGUCAAAACACAGCAAAGCUUUGAGAUGGUAAAAGGUGGCUACACUUUGGAUUCCAGCAAAGGCGGUGGACAUCAGACCUUGGAAUCUGUCAAGGGAGCAGGACAGGGAGUAAUGGAGGCUGGAAGAUACACAUAUACCGACUGGCACAGCUUCACCCAACCUCGGCUUGGUGAGAAGGUGUACCUGUGUGGACAAGACGAGGAGCAUAAACAUUCUGAAGACUACGUGCGUUCGUAUAACUACGAAGGGAAAGGGUCUAUGGCGGGCUCUGUAGGCUGCUGCAGUGAUCGGCAGGAAGAAGAAGGGCUUGAGUUUCUAGAUCACCUGGAACCCAAAUUUAGGACGCUAGCAAAGACAUGUGUCAAGAAAUAAAUGUGUGUUUUAACAGAGAAACAUCUACAAAUGCAUAUGUAGGAGUUUGUUGAAUGUAAAUUGAUAGCAGCAUCUGCUAAUAUUUUGUUUAUUGGAAGUAAACUUUGAGUCAGGUAUAGAUAAAGAUGCUAUAAAUACAAGGCUCCCUGUCUCGCGUGACUUCCAUAUUCUCUAGAAAGAAAAGUUUCAUGUGUUAAUUUUCUUUUCUAUGCAUGUAUAUAUCGCCCUUUUCAGGACUCUACCAAUGUGGUUCUUGCAUCUUCUAUUUGAAAACUUGUGUUACUCUCUAUGCUACGGAAGUGUGCGGUGGGAGAGCUGGGUAUUGUCGAGGCUAAUAAAAAAUGCAUUUUAAUUUGA